AAAAUCAAUUUUUGAAGCAAUUCCGUAUACAUCGCUCACUAUUUCAUAGUUCUGCAUUAUAUCUGCUGUAAAACUUCUUUAAAAAUGUGUUCAAAAGAUCAGUACAGUGAAAUGAAAGAUAAAUUUAAAUCACCCAAAUUAAAAACGCCAAAAACUACCCGAGCUCGCUGCUAUGAACAGUUCCUUUGGCAGGAGCUCUACGAUGAAUAUAUCCGCUACAAUGAUCGUUUAGUGAACAUAAAACCGGACAAGGCUAACUCCGAAUACUUUGAGGAGUUUUGCAAGAAAGUACCGAAGGAGGACAUCGCCAAAAAAGAGCGUUUGAUUAACAUUUAUCCCUUGUAUAGCACCAGUGCGAUAACUCUAUGGAAUAAUAAUGGCGAUAUAACCAAGGAUUUUAAGAAACGUUAUACCAUAACGCGUCCCGUGCAAGAACAAACGGAGCAGUUCGGUUAAAUUUUGGUGUAUUUGCAUGCGUAUGUGUAUGUUUUUUGUACAAAUUCAUAUGUUCAAAACUUGGAAGUGUUAAUUACAUGACUAUAUAAC